AGCUAAUAAGCCCAAAAUCUCAAAAUUGGCCAAAUGCAUGAAAAAAAACGAUUUUUGCUUGUAGUGUUUAGCCUUAAAUAAAUAAGCUGUUUUAUAUUGGCAUUAAAGCAGUCAACAUGUACCCAUUAGUGUUCAUGUCAAUGGUAGAUGCAAAUGUCAAACUGUUUCAUCCUGAGGAAAGGUUUCUCACCACAACUUAAUUUACAGUUGAUCUCCAGCACUUUUGGCCCUCUCCCCCGUAUUCUCCACCUCCACAUCCCCUUCAUCUUUACAUCCCUAUCCAUCUCCUCCUCCUCCUCAUCAUUCGCCUGCAAUGACAGGCAGCAUCCUCUUGUUUUCAGAAUAUGGCAUGUGUUGUCUGAACACUCCCCCACUAUUACCAUGAACACAGUCACCUCCCUCCCCCCCUGCAUGUACAUGGCUGGUUGCUAGGCAACAAGUAUUCUGUGGGAGCGUGAGAUUGGCAAAAGCCCUCAAUUCUUAUGGUGAGAACAUAGGCGAUAGAAUACAGCUCUCCAGAACACACUCCUUUUCAUGGUGAGGUGCAAUGGGCCAGUGUGCAAGCACAUGCAUGAAUCCAAAAAGCAUGAAGUUCACUACUUACCUGCAGUUCACAAAAAUUCAGACAGAAUAUUAAUUAGAAGGUUUUUUACAUAAUUGCAGCAGUAUAGUGACCUACACCGUCCACCAUCAUGUGAAGAAAACAAAAACAGAUGAAAAUGUGAUUUCAAUCUAUAUAUACUCAUUUUGUUAUAUAAGAAAAACUAAAUUGUAUCAAAUGUUUUGUUCCAGAGAUCACAAAGACACUACUGGUGCAUCCUUUUAGUGUAUUGUCUGCCAAAGUAAAUGCAUUUCAUAUAAGUUUUUAUUACAUAAGAGCCUUGUUUUGUUUUGUUUUUUGACACAUGGACUUUAAUCACCAUCAUUUGCUUCUGAUUAAAAAGCUACAGAUACUUUGUCAUUUCAUUACCACUCACUGCCAUGUUGAGUCUGGUUUCCAGGGAAACUAAAAAUCAGAAGCUUUCAGUACUCUCAACCACAGUGAAAUUUCAAGGACCGCCAUCCACUGAGAUUCUUCUGGAAAACAAACCAUCUACAGCCUGCCUCUUAUCAUUACCAGCACCUAAAAGAGGAGCUUGGAGUGUGAAUACAUGCUCUGGCUGUGAAAUCUUUGAAAAUAUGGAUACAGCGUUUGAUCUGUCGUGCAGUUGAGCAGAACCAUCAGUGGUGUGAGACCGUGAAGCUCAGACGUUUUACUGCCCCUCUCCCGGAUCAACACAAACCCAUCUCUGAACCCAUGGAGGGUUCUGUUCUGACAGAAAGUGAAGUUUGGAAGGUUGGCUCGGAGACCAGCACAAGUAUAAACACCAAUGACAGAAGUAUUGACUAUUUGCCCCUUAUGAACGACAACAUAACUAAUGAAAACCUGUCAAAAGCAUCUGAAAACCCAGGGACCACAGUCCAAGAGGAGAUCUGUGGCAGCAUCCAGGAACAACCCGACCAAGAGGUUACAUCAGAUCAAAUCAAGUCAGUAAUUCCACAUGAGCUGCGAUUAGAAGAGGAUUUAUCUUCCUCUCAAACAGCAGACGAGAGCGAUGAGCCACCUGCGGCAGCGUGCAAACAAGAGAGGUGUGUUAACCAAGCAGAGGAUCCAGCAGAUAAGAUGUGCUUGGUAUCUGGCCAACAUAACCUUGACCAGGAGAUUACCAUACUGGUGACCAACCAUGACUGUACUUUAGAGGAUGAGGAGGAUGAGGAGUUUGGGGAGCAGAAGACUUCCAGCUGCCCUGUUGAACCCGAGACUGUCUCUUCAGUUGAGGGUGGAGGAGCGACUGAGGAAGAGAGUCUCGAUGGUUCCAUCGUCGUGGUGAACGUGAUUGAAGUCAGUCAAGUCCAGAAGACCAGCGUGAUAAGCCACACAUCAACUGAGCAGAAUACCACCACUGACGAACCAAGAUUGCCUGGAGAUCCAGGGGAUAGUAGCAAUGAGACAAACUCUGGAAGCAAAGGUUCAAGCACCCCACAGAAAACAGACGCAAGUAGCACAGGCGCUAACACAAAGGCCUCGGUGGAAGUUUGCAGUCCGAAAGAUCAACCCACAAAGCCUGAAGAUGUAGAAGUAAAACUGAAGAAAACCAAAUCAGCUGAAACCAAGGAUGCUGGACGGCCUUUGCAAGAUACGCUCGCCUUGACUCGGUCGCCUGGACGCACACAGCACGUGCAAACCCAGGUUAGCCUAGAGGUGAUGUACCAGUCGGUGGCCACCAGCCCCAUGACUCCUCCCGAGGGCUCCACAACAUUCCUUUUUCCAAGCACCUUUGGAAAACUUGCCAACAAGUGUAGUACAGAGGUGGCACAGACCAAAGAUGCCGAGUUGCAGGUGGGCUUGCAGGUGGAAUUACGUUCAGUCGCCACGGCUCCUAUGACCCCAAUCGUUCUGACCCCACCUGAGGUAAUUCCCGAGCCGGAGCCACGGGUCGGGGUGACACCAGAAGAAGAAGUGCCAGAACACGUGCAGGAGGUGAGCUGGGAUGAAAAGGGAAUGACUUGGGAGGUGUACGGUGCAGUGGUGGAGGUGACAGUGCUGGGCUCGGCCAUCCAGAAACACCUGGAGAAACAGGUAAAGAAACAGAAGAAACAGCCUUUGGCCUUACCCUCUCCGACAGAUGCUCUGCCAGCAAACCCAACCGAAACAUCUAUGACGAUGCCUUCCAGUCCUCCCCCCACAUCAGACCUUGGUGAAAUCAGCCUGGCCAAAGGACAAAGUGAGGAAAAAACAGUGCAGAUCGGCAGGCGUCGCAGGCAAAAUCAUUUUCGCCAGUGGUUCAGGAACAUCCGGCGGCCAAGUUGUUGUUCAAGACCACGUCAAGAUGAGGAAAACUAAGGAAGGCAUGGUAGUCUAAACCAUCUCAAUAAUCCAAAUGAGACAAUCUUUCCAAGUUUUGUGCACUUUGGACGUGCACAGGAUUGGGUUUUGUUCAGUGAUACACCCCUUUAACAGACUUAAGACAUUUGAAAUUACUUGUAUUGACACUGCGUCACAAGAAGCCCCUAUAUGGAUAAUCAUCAUUUUUGGUUUGGUUUGAUACACUGCAAAUUCAGUCGUCUUAAUUUCUCCUCACCCUUGACUUUAAAAUGGCUCCUACCAGCUUUGCUGCUUUGAGUGUGUUUUUGCUUGCUUCUGUCAAGACUGUGCUACCCUGAUGUUGUUGUGGUCAGUGAGGAUCACUUUUAAAGUGCCCUUUUACAAUAUUUUACACUAAUAAUUUUACCUUUAAAAUGUAUACAUUUCAAACAUGUAUAUAUGAAUUAAUCAUGUACAUUUAAGGAACGGUACACUACAUUUAGAGUGACAGUACCAAGCAGAGGCUCAUGCCCAUUCAAAGUGAGGCACGUGCCCCCUCAGAUUUUUAA